AUGUUGGUGAGCUCGGGCCGACGCGUCCUCUCCGUCACGCGUGCCCGGCUCCUCUCGACCGUCGCCGUCGCGUCGAUGGAGGAUGGCUCCCUGCGGGCGCACGUCUCGCGCCGUGGCCGCGAAGCCCCGGCGCUGCUGCCCCGCUACUUGUCGGAUGCACGCGGCGUCGAGACCUUCGACGCGGUGUCGCGGCCCGACGGUGUGCUCCAGCUGUCUGUCGCGGAGAACCAGAUGAUAUCGGACUGGCUCGUGCCACGGAUCCGGUCGAUCGCUGCCUCUCCCGCCUCGGACGCGCACGGCGGCGGCGCUGGGCUCUUUGAGCAGGCCGACAUCUUCUACCAGCAGACGCACGGCACGCCGCAGUGCCGUGCGGCGGUCGCGGCGCACAUGGAACGGGUGCUCUGCGGCGGCUCGUACCCGAUCGACCCGGACAAGCUCGUCGUCGGCGCGGGCUGCAACGCGGUCCUCGAGAAUUUGCUGUUUGCGCUCGCAGACGCGGGCGAGGGCGCCAUCGUCUCGCGCCUCCUCACCGACCAACUCGACGCUGCCACGCCACGCAAGCUCUGGUGCGCCGCCAUGGAGGAGGCCAACGCAGCGCGUCUCCGCUCGAGGUACGACCGCCUCACCGCCGUCCUCGACCAGGGCGGCCUCCGCUAUCUCGACGCCGGGGCGGGCCUCUUUCUGUGGAUCGACUUGAGGCCCUUCCUCUCCUACGGCGACUCCGGGCCGCCGCAGCGCGAGAACAGCGGCUCGUGGGCCGGUGCGGUCGGGGUCGAGGAGGCGCUGCUCCCCGCUCGCGAGGCGGAGGCGGAGCGAGCCCUCUACCUGCGCCUCAUCCACGAGUUCGGCCUCCUCCUCACGCCGGGCGCGUCGAUGCGCUCCGAGGAGCCCGGCCUCUUCCGCUGCGUCUUCUCUGCGGCGACGGAGGAGGGCUUCGAGGUGGCGCUGCAGCGCUUCGCGCGCCUCGCCGCCGCGCCUCGCGCAACAUGAGGCGGCUCUUUCGGUGCGCGCUGAGACACAGCAUGGACACCAAGGCGCUCGCGGCCCGCGUUGUCCGAACUUGGUGGCUGUUUCCGAGAAGAAGCGCAGACCGCCCCCGCCGCGGCCGUCAGUUCACAGCGCCGACGGAACUUUCACACAUCAACAAACACGUCACAAACACGUACACGAACACGUGUGGGACGUGGCAUGAUUCGUUGAUACACACCCUCACCGCGCGCAUGUUUUACAUGUUCUUUUGUGACUUCAUAUACGUAUAUGG